AUGGAGUUGAGCAAUUUCAAUGCAUCGAAAAAGAUAUCGCGCGAGGAGCGCCGAUAUUCUGUACCUCACGGCCCCCAUACACCACAGCCGCCAGCGGCCUCAGAGGACUUGCAUGCCUGGUCGAUAUAUAGACAAAAUCUCAACUCCGACUUCACCGACUCCGCUUUGGGCUCAUCGGACAAAUCACCGCUGCCAUAUGGAAAUUUCCAGCUACGCGACACCACUGUGCAAUCAAUUCUCAAUCAUCCGCGCUACGGACCGAAAUCCCCCUUGGGAUCGAAUAUGUAUACAUAUUUGAAAUUCGGACUGCCGCGCGUAUUUCCACCGAAUGCCGGUUCGCAGCGUUCGCACCGACCGCCGGGUCCAGGACCGGGUGGCGUGCGCGGCCGUGUUAAUCGUGGCUUCCGCGAUAGUUCAGGUGUGCCGCCAGCAGGUUCAUCUGGCUACGAUAGCAGUGACAACGAAACAACGCGCAGCCGAGUGCCGCCCAACUUGAGAAAAUACCGCAGUGAGUCGGACUUCCGUGCCAUUGGCGGCAUACCAAGCUCACGUCCCGAAUCGCGCGCACAAGGCGUACCCAUGACGGCGCUGCGACAGGCGAACAGUCGCGCAAGCAUAGCUGUGGGCACACACAUUAAUACUCAUCACUAUGUGCCGAAUGGCAAGCAUUACGGUCAUCGUUCGCACAGUGAAGCCGAUUUGUUGGCCGGUGGCGCUGACGUCAUCGGUUAUGACUACGGCGAGUCACGUAUCUAUGGCACAUCGCGCAAUCGCAGUUCAGACCAUCCGAACGGUGGACACGCCAGCUACAUUAUGUCCAGCCGGAAACAUUCGAGUAUCGGACUUGUCUAUCCCAAUAUACAGGUGCACUGUCUGGAUGUGAAUCCAUGUCUACGCGGAGUUUCGUUACAAGCUAAGGCAGGCGAUUUGUUCGCCAUAAUGGCAACGUCGCAACGUGAAGGCACAGCGUUGACGGAGUGCUUGGCGGGUUUACACGAGCGUAUGGGUGGUGAAAUUCUUAUCAAUGGCCAACAAAUCAAUAGACGCGGCUUACGUGAGCUCUGCAGUUAUGUGCCGGCGUUAAAAGUAUCCUCGUUGGAUCCGCGUAUGAGCGUGCAAUGUACUUUGAAUUUCCAUGCCGCAUUAAGAGGACCGCUGGAUCGAACGGACCUCAAGGAGAGGAUGGAUGUGCUAAUCGAGGAUCUGGGUUUGACUACCGUGCGCGCAUCGAACGUGUCUUCGCUCACACACUCCGAGAAGCAGCGUCUGAGCGUCGCUUGUCAAUUGCUUGCACAGUCAUCACUGCUCAUACUCGAUCAGAUUACCAGUAAUAUGGACAUCUUCGACACAUUCUUUCUGGUGGAAUAUUUGCGACAAUGGGCUAGUGGUGGCCGUAUUGUGAUCAUGACACUACAACCACCGACAUUCGAAAUACUCUCAAUGUGUUCCAGUGUGCUGCUGUUAUCAGGCGGGCGUACUGUCUUUUCCGGCAGUCGUUCCGAUUUGCCACGACAUAUGGGCGAGUUGGGCUAUCCUUGUCCGCCCUUUAAAAACCCAGCCGAUUAUUACUUGGAUUUAGUUACAUUGGAUGACCUGUCAGCUGCUGCCAUGCUGGAGUCAUCGGCACGCAUCGAAUCAUUGGCCAAUUCGUGGGAUCAAAUCAACUCCGAACCACCGCUAGCCGCGCCACCGGCAUCAUUGCCCAACUUCACAAGGAAAGCGGGUUUCUGGGGACAGACGAAAGCUUUAAUAAAACGCUUUGCCGCCUACAAACAACCGGGAUCGCUGCUCACCUGGAUUAGUAAGCUGAUUGCGGCGGCGGUGCUUUCACUUUGCAUCGGUUGCAUAUUCUGGGAUGUGCCCGCUUCAGAUGCACAACUCACUUACAACGAUCGCUUUGGUUAUCAUCACUGCGUCAUGGCGGUGGUCUACUGGCCAUUGCUACUCUUGACCAUACGCGACGCACAAGAGGAUCGACGACAUGCCGAGCGCGACAUACGCUUGGGUCUCUACUCGCGUGGUCUCUACUUUACCAUACAGUGCUUAUUGGGACUGUUUCCGAGCCUUUGCAUCUGGCUGGCUUACUUGCUGCCGGCGCACAGCAUGGCUGGGUUAUACACAUAUUCGACCAGCAGCGAUGCCGGCAUCUAUCUCUAUAUGGGCUACAUGCUGCUCUAUCUCACCGUCAUACAAACACUUGGCCUAUUCUGUGCUCACCUUAUGCCCUGCAAGGUGUCCGCUAGCAUUUUCAAUGCACUUAUCACACUGGGUCUGACCGCUGUGGGCGGUUAUGCUGUGCAUCCGCGGGAUCUCUCGAAAUUGUGGUCCUGGUCACAGCUUAUAUCACCCGAAAAGUGGUUGCUACCUGUGCUGGUGCAGGAUGAAUACAGCGCAGACACGCUCACCAACUCGGCGGGCCUACAACUCUGUCGCAACAAGCAGGUGCAACAUCAGGAGAUCAUUGUGCAGCAGCCGUGCCCACCACCGAACGGCACCCAUGUGCUAGCUGAUUUUCAGUUGCUGCCGCGCAAUCACAUACUGGAUCCGAGCGAGACGUACGAGCAGACCACCACACUCGCUUUGGUGCUGGCCUCGGUCAUAUUGUUCGUGGUGACGUUUUUCGUUUUCGUGUGCAAUUGUCGCAAUACUUUUCGCAAGAAGCAGAAGCGAAUGUAA